ACGCAGCAGCGUAAAAGAGGGGUAUUUCCACAUGAUUUAAGUGUUGUAAUCCAAUUUGCGAUAGAUUUUCUUGCAAAUAUUCUCAAAUCUGUCUAAAACAAUAUGUGCAUUUUCUCACUAAACAGACUUAUUGCGGAUAAAAGGCUUUGAGUGAUGACGUAGUGCACAUAAAAAAUAACAUUUGCCACUAAAUUCCCAUCUAACAAAUGAAAAAGUUAAAUGGUUUUCCAUCAUUUUCAACUCUACAACUCUAGACGGGUUGGUCUCAAAAACUGUUUCGUUAAAUAGCAAAUGUGCCCACAAUGGUCUUGGCAUAUGCACUUGAACCAACCGCUCACAGCUACAGUGCAGGUAGUCUACCAACACAAAUUCGACCAUGUCGAACAAACAAAUUGGUUGUGACUUUUUAAUGUGUCAGGUAAUUAAUCUGUAUGAAAUGGUUGGAAUGAAAUGUGGUUAUCGUCACCAUUAUAGUCAAAAGUAAUUUGAAUGUAGAUGCUCAUUUGGCUAACGAACGCCGCUACAAUACUGUAUCAUAGCCUUUUUCACUCCUUCGAACAACGUGCACUUUUAUUACAUUGCACUGGUUCUUAGUCAUUGAAUGCUAAUUGACGAACCCAGCAAAUUAAACAUCCCAGGUCUGUGGUAUUUUUCUGAAAAACAAAUCCAGUCACCGGAGGCACAUCUAUUAUGAGAAACAGUUUGCCAGUCCACUCUGAUUGUAAAAUGUGUGAAGCACGGUCAAAUAAAUGUUUAUAUCCAACUUUUCCCGAAGCUCACUGCCCAUCUCUGGUAGUGGGAAGCCAUCUUUGAUGACGUAAUUGUCUUGCGCAACUACUGGUAUGGGGAGAGAGCUUCGGGAAACAUAAAAUGAAUCUGAAAAUGUUGUGAAGCCAUGGAAAAAACAGUGUUCCUGGUCAUUCUGUUGUCAGGGCUGUGUCCUACAGUAACAAAAGCCACAACCAUGGUACAAACUAUGGAACCUGUUACUACCCAACCCCAAACAACGGAACCUGUUGCUACCCAACCCCAAACAGCGGAACCUGUUACUACCCAACCCCAAACAACGGAACCUGUUGCUACACAACCCCAAACAACGGAACCUGUUGCUACCCAACCCCAAACAACGGAACCUGUUACUACCCUACCCCAAACAACAACACUCCCUACUACAGGUGUGACUGUUUCCAAAGCAAGUGUGGUCUGCAACGAGACCAGCAUGACGGUGGCUGUGGAGAAGGCCUCCAUCGUGGGUCUCUAUGAGGACCACCUGCGUCUUAAUGACCCGUCCUGCAGUCUGAGCUCCAAUAGCAGCCACGUCUUCAGGACCCUGGCCCUCAACACCUGCGGCACCCAGCUGGAGGAGGAAGAGGACAACCUAAUCUUCAGAAACGAGAUCACUUCCUUUGAGGACUCCAGUGCCGUGAUCACCAAGAGGGACGAGAUGGAGAUCGAAUUCUGGUGUGUCUACCCCAAGAAGGGCAACGUGAGCCUGGAUUUCCUGGCCCACAAGAUUCCGUACAUUUUCAGAGAGAAGGGCUUCGGGAAGUUCACCUACCAGUUUGAGUUCUACCAGAGUAGUAGUUUCAACAGGAUGGUGGAUCCAGCCAGUUACCCAGUGGAGGUGGAACUGAAAGAGAUGGUCUACAUGGAGAUCACGUCCACGUCCUCAGUCCCCAACACUGAAGUGUUUGUGGAGUCAUGCAUGGCCACGCCAACAGACAAUCCCAACGACCCAGAGCACUACAGCAUCAUCCAAAACGGCUGCAAGAAGGACGAAACUGUUCAGAUCUACUCUAGUUCCCAAUCCCAGUUCCAUUUUGCAAUGGAAGCUUUCAAAUUCAUUGGUAUGCAUGACCAGGUGUACAUCAGCUGUGCAGUGGUCCUGUGUGAGACGGGGAAUACCAACACCCGCUGUGCUCAGGGCUGCAUCAAUGACACUACGGCCACAACUCCCCAGCAUCGUCAAGAGAGAGAGGCCGCCCUGGAGACCAACCCGCACUACAUCUCCCAGGGGCCUUUGCGUGUGAGGCGGAGUGCCGACACCAAAGCUGCUGAUGUGGCUUUGAACCUGAAUUUGUUGUUCAUCGCUGGCAGCUUCCUGGCAGCAGUCGCCAUGGUGUGUGGAGUGGUCAUGUACAGAUCCAGGGAGUCAAAGGACAAAUAUCAACCUUGACACACUUUGACUGGUUUUCUUUUUAACAAUCAUUACAUUUACUGCACUUAAAGGACCUAUGUGUAAUAUUUUUGCAUUAUAAUUUCAGAAAAUGUCCUUAAAGGUCCAACGCAGAACUUUUAUAUCAAUAUCAAAUCCUUUCUGGGUAACAAUUGAGUACCUUACUGUGAUUGUUAAAAAAAAUAAGCUUUUUCUCAAGCAAGAAUUUUGCUAGGACUGUGUGGGAGUUGUUUGAAUAGGGAGGAGAAAACCGAAAAUUAACUGUUAUUGGCAGAGAGGUUUGGAACUCUCUUUCUAAUUGAUCUAUUAAUUAAUUUACCACAAGGUGAUGUCACCAUGGAAGGCCAAAACAAGCGGAAGUUUCAGGUGGACUUGAUCAUCAUUUUCACAAUUUCACAGUAUUAUUCCAACCUCAUAGUGUGAAAAUAUAUAUAAAACACAGGGAAAUCAAGUUUUUGACUGCACAGGGCCUUUAAUAUAUCUCCAGCAAUAGUGAAAUAAUAAUUUUUCACCCAAAAAAUUAUCCCAAAAUGUUAUUGGGCCCAAAGAAAACUGUAUUCAAGUGGUGCAGCCUUUUUAUUGCUCAACAAAAGACGGACCGUCUGUUGUCAAAUUGACUGGGGCCAGUAAAGGGCAGGCAUCAAACAUGUAGAAAUCACUUAGCACCAGUCAAUUUGAGAGCAAGAGAUUUGCUGGCCCCAGUCAAUUUGACAACAAGAGAUUUGCUGGCACCAGUCAAUUUGAGAGCAAGAGAUUUGCUGGCCCCAGUCAAUUUGAGAGCAAGAGAUUUGCUGGCCCCAGUCAAUUUGACAAUAAGAGAUUUGCUGGCACCAGUCAAUUUGAGAGCAAGAGAUUUGCUGGCCCCAGUCAAUUUGAGAGCAAGAGAUUUGCUGGCCCCAGUCAAUUUGA